AUGAAUCCGUUGAGUUCGCAAUGCGGCGGCCACACCGAUCCAUUUACAGACGCCGCCGCUCUUUCUGAGGGUGACCACGAUAACAUUCUCGAGUCGACUUUACCUGUCGGCGACGAUGCCAGUCUCACGCUGAGCGCUGACGGGGUUAUAGUGACGGACGACGGAUUCAACGAUUCUGAACCUCGAUUAUGUGGUUUCUUCCCGACUACUCACGCGAAGACGAUACCCUUCUUUCAUAUCCUCAACGCUCAGUUGCUGAAUAACACCAUCUCGAUUCACUAUGUCAGGCCGAAACGUCCGAAAGCAAAUUCCAAAGUCCGUUUACGUACACUCAUCUAUCCUGUUUCUGCUUCUGCCGAUGCCGCUGAACGGUGGAUAGCACGGUUGUUGGACGGUGCAUAUGGGAUUGCGCAGAGGAGCAAGAGGAUAAAGGUCUUGAUUAAUCCAUUUGCUGGCGCUACGAGAUCACAAGUCAUAUACAACAAGCAAAUUGCGCCUCUCUUUGAGGCAGCUGGCUGUCAAGUAGAUGUUGAACCGACAAAGUAUAGAGGACACGCUGUUGAAGUAGCAAGAGAUAUUGAUGUCGAAGCUUAUGAUGUUCUGGCGUGCGCCUCAGGCGAUGGCCUACCUAUGGAAUGUUUCAACGGGUUGGGCCACAAGCGCAAUGCUAUGGAAGCCCUACGCAAGAUUGCUGUCGUUCAACUUCCCUGCGGAACUGGUAAUGCUAUGUCGUGGAAUCUUAACGGCACGGACGAGCCCAGCCUAGCAGCACUCUGCAUCAUCAAAGGUAUUCGCACUCCGAUCGACCUCGCAAGUGUGACGCAAGGCAACAAGCGAACCCUCUCUUUCCUCUCACAAAGUCUCGGCAUCGUCGCCGAAAGUGACCUGGGAACAGAAAACAUCCGCUGGAUGGGUGACUUCAGAUUCACUUUUGGCUUCCUCGUCCGCCUCCUCGGAAAGACCCUCUACCCCAUCGAAUACGCAGUCAAGACCGAAAUCGAAUCCAAAGACGACAUUAAAAAGCAUUACGCCUGCGAACUCUCACACCUCAAACACGCCACCGAAACACUACCCUCCUCACACAUGAACAAAGAACUAGAAGCCCAAUCUGGAUCCGGUCUUCCACCCCUCCGCUUCGGCACCAUCAACGACCCCCUCCCACCCAAAGACGAAAACUCCGGCUGGACACGUCUCGAAUCCUACCCCAACCUCGGAAACUUCUACUGCGGCAACAUGUGCUGGAUGGCCGCGGAUGCGCCCUUUUUCCCUGCCUCCCUCCCCAACGACGGCAUGCUCGACCUGGUCACCAUUGACGGUGACGUGAGCAGACUCAAAGCCUUCAAGCUCAUGCUCGCGGUUGGGAACGGCACAUUCUUCGAUGACGAGAUUGUGCGGAUACGGAAGAUUAGUGCUGUACGUGUAAUUCCGCGCUUUGGGCGGCCGAUGGAGGAGAUUAGUAGCCAUUCGCUGCAGGAUCAAGCAACAACAACCAGCAGCAGCAAUGACAACAACAACGAUACCACAACAAUAUCACCAACCAGCACAGCCCCUAAACCACCAACAGGCCUCCUCCAAAGGCUCUUCGCCAAAGUCGCCUCAUCAGGUAAAACAGGCUUCUUCUCCGUCGAUGGCGAACAACUGCCCUGGCAACCGUUUCAAGUCGAGAUCCAUAGAGGACUGGGGACUGUGCUUAGUCGGACGCCGGGUGUUUAUCAGUAUGAGGGGCCGAGGGGGUGGCGGGAUGUAGAGCAGCAGCAGAAUAUACAGCAGGAGCAGGGCGAGGGAGCGGUAGGGCAAAUGGGCAGUGUUACGUCAUGA